AUGUUAAUGAUAAUUUUAAUUUUUUUAUUUUUAUUUAAAUAUUCAUUGGAGAGUAAAGAAGCUAAUAAUUUAUUUGAAAAUAAUAUUUAUGAAUUGAAACUGUUAAUGAUCGAAAAGUUCGUUACUGGCCAGGAAAUUGGGGUGAUGGAGGAGGAGAUGGAGCGGGAGGUGGAUGGGGAAGAAGAUACAAUUGGGGAAGACAAUAUGGUUCGGGAGGAAGAUACAAUUGGGGAUAAUUGA